GCCGGGACCGUUGGAGCGCGGCGGCGGCUGAGGCGGCCCGGCCGCCCCGGGAGCGGCUCAGGUUGUGGUUUCAAUGUCUGAAGAAGGAAGCGAGCCAGGGAAGUGGAAGUUGCCCUGAGAGACUUCUCAGUGUGAUUCAGAUGAUUUCAAUGCAGUGUCAGUUGAAGCCAGACGAGUUGAGAAGCCCAAAGCAAGGAAGUGCCAAAGCAGGUGGACACCUUUGCUGCCAGCACAGAAUGAUUGAGGAGAGUGGGAAGAGGAGGAGGACCAUGGCAGAGAAGAGGCAGCUGUUCAUGGAAAUGAGAGCCCAGAACUUCGAUGUGAUCCGGCUGUCCACGUACAGAACCGCCUGCAAGCUGCGCUUCGUGCAGAAGAGGUGCAACCUUCACCUUGUAGAUAUCUGGAACAUGAUUGAAGCCUUCCGAGACAAUGGCCUUAACACCUUGGAUCACAGCAGCGAGAUCAACGUGUCCCGCCUGGAAACCAUCAUCUCAUCCAUCUACUACCAGCUCAACAAGCGCCUGCCCUCCACCCACCAGAUCAGCGUGGAGCAGUCCAUCAGCCUGCUGCUCAACUUCAUGGUGGCAGCCUAUGACAGCGAGGGCCACGGCAAGCUGACGGUGUUCUCAGUGAAAGCCAUGCUGGCCACCAUGUGUGGGGGCAAGAUCCUGGACAAGCUCAGAUAUAUUUUCUCUCAGAUCUCAGAUUCCAACGGGCUGCUGAUCUUCCCCAAGUUUGACCAGUUCCUGCGGGAGGUGCUGAAGCUGCCCACGGCCGUGUUCGAGGGGCCCUCCUUCGGCUACACGGAGCAGGCGGUGCGCUCCUGCUUCCCCCAGCAGAAGAAGGUGAUGCUGAACAUGUUCCUGGACACGCUGAUGGCUGAUCCUCCUCCCCAGUGCCUUGUGUGGCUGCCCCUCAUGCACAGACUGGCCCACGUGGAAAAUGUCUUCCACCCCGUGGAGUGCUCGUACUGCCACUGUGAGAGCAUGAUGGGCUUCAGGUACCGCUGCCAGCAGUGCCACAACUACCAGCUGUGCCAGAACUGCUUCUGGAGGGGCCACGCCAGCGGCACCCACAGCAACCAGCACCAGAUGAAGGAGCACUCCUCGUGGAAAUCUCCAGCCAAGAAGCUGAGCCACGCCAUCAGCAAAUCCCUGGGCUGCGUGCCCAGCCGGGAGCCGCCGCGGCCGCUGUUCCCCGAGUAGCCCGAGAAACCCCUGGACCUGGCACACAUCGUCCCCCCCAGACCCGUGAGUAACAUGAAUGAGGCCAUGGUGACCCACGUGUCCUCUGGAGCCCCCACACCAACCAAAAGGUGCCACCGCAGCAGCCCCGGCCCCUCCCGGGAGGAGCACGCCCUGAUCGCGUCCUUUGUGAGCCGGCUGCGGAGCGGGGCACGUGUCCUGGACAGCCCGGGCCGGCUGGACGAGGAGCACCGGCUGAUCGCUCGCUACGCCGCGCGCUUGGCAGCCGAGGCUGGCAAUGCUCCCCGCCCCCCGGCUGACCUGGGUUUCAGCUUCGAUGCCAACAAGCAGCAGAGGCAGCUGAUAGCAGAGCUGGAGAACAAGAACAGGGAGAUCCUGCAGGAGAUCCAGAGGCUGCGGCUGGAGCACGAGCAAGCCUCGCAGCCCACGCCCGAGAAGGCUCAGCACAACCCCACGCUGCUGGCCGAGCUGCGCCUGCUGCGGCAGAGGAAGGAUGAGCUGGAGCAGAGGAUGUCAGCCCUGCAGGAGAGCAGAAGAGAGCUGAUGGUGCAGCUGGAGGGGCUGAUGAAGCUGCUCAAAGAAGAAGAGCAAAAGCAGGCAGCCGCAGGCUCGGCGCAGCCCUCGCCCACCCAUGGCCGCCCCCCGGCCGUGCCCCGCUCGGCCUCGGCCGGCUCCACACCCACACACAGCGCCCAGGACAGCCCGGCCGGGCUUGGGGACGGGCACGAGGCCCCGGCACACGGUACGAGGAGGAACCUCCGCAAUGACCUGCUGGUGGCAGCGGAUUCCAUCACCAACACCAUGUCCUCGCUGGUGAAGGAGCUCCACUCGGCAGAGGAAGAGGACGAAGAAGAAACAGAGAAGCUGCAGAAUGGGAAGGACCGAGGUGGAUGA